CGUCGAGAAGAGGAGAGAGAGGUUAGGUUCGUGGAGGUUAUUCGGCGAUAGGAUGGCGGCGAUCAAGGGCCUGGGUAGGAAUAUUCCCUACUUGAGGCAACAGGCGACUGCCUUGCUGGGCAACACCAGCACCAGUGUCAAGUUCAUUUGCGUGGUCGUACUGUUCUCAUACUGUCUGUCCUUCUCCGAGGAAGCGGUGCGGAUCCUGAGCGUAACGCCAGGUUACCUGCUGCCACCGGCCUUCUGGUUCUGGACUGCAUUUACUUUCUGCUUCCUCGAGAUACACUUUUGGGAGGUGUGCGCGGACAUCAUCACUGUCGGUCUGUGCGGCAAACUGAUCGAGCCGCUCUGGGGCGCCGUAGAGAUGAUGACGUUCUUCGCCAUCGUCAACUUCGGCGUCGCCGUGCUGUCGGCUCUCUUCUACCUGUUUCUUUAUAUGUGUACCAACAACACUGACCUGCUCUUUAAUAUACAUAUACACGGCUUGGCCGGUUACAUCGCAGGAGUUUCAGUGGCAGUGAAGCAAAUAAUGCCAGAUCAUAUUUUAGUGAAGACACCCAUUGGAAAGAUUACAAAUAGAAAUAUACCUUUAAUGAUUUGGAUUCUGGGAUUGAUAUUAUGGCUUAUAGGAUUGUUAGAAGGUACUCAUCCUACUAUGUUUCUCAGCGGAUUAUUGAUGUCUUGGAUAUAUCUGAGAUUUUAUCAGAAACACAAUAAUGGUACUCGAGGAGACAUGGCAGACAAUUUUACAUUUGCAAGUUUUUUCCCAAACGUUUUGCAACCACCGAUAGCAGUAGUGAGUAAUACUAUUCAUGGAUUUUUUGUGCGUAUUGGACUUUGCCGAAAAGUAGUUCGGAGGUUUGACAUGUCCAACACACCGCCUGGCUUAGUUAUUAACCUCCCGGGUAUAGAUCCUCACGACAGUGAACGACGCAGGCAAAUAGCAUUGAAAGCACUCAGCGAGAGGCUAGGCAAAGAUAACGCGAAACCUUGGCAACAAGAUAGAGCUAAAAAACACUCCCCAAUUCCCCCCGCUGUCUCUAUACCGAUACCCGAAUCCACCACGCCCAAGCCGCUAGCGUCUCCACUUAUUCCGCAAGUUAACAUCAACAUACACAAUCAUCCCACCAGCACGUGAUUACGCGAGACUGACUGAUUUCACAAUAGGUUUUUAAAUAAGUCAGGAAGCUUCUAAAGAAAUAUAAGUACGAGACAGGUCUGUAAUAUGGCUAUAUUCAAUAACGGGUCUGAAAACUUCGGAAUUGUAUUUUUUAGUAUAUCUUUUUUUCAUGUAUCUACGGAUAUACGGUUUAUUUAUUGCGGUUUUUUUGCUGUUAUAAUUUGAAAGAAAUUUAAGUACCGUUUUUGCUGACCGAUUCGGUUAAAGUUAACACAAUAUUAUAAGAGUAUUAUGUUGUAAAUAUAUAAUUGCAUUCGGCUGGUAUACUUGGUACUGUGACGCUACCGCGUGCAUAUGAUAUAAAAAUACUAUGCACUUGGGACAGGAUUCCCACUUCGUUGACGGUACUUAUUUGUACUGCUUCGUACUGCUUUUGUACUACUUUGUACUAGGUAUUUACAUUAAGAAAUAAUAGAAUAUCAUAGAAAUUUAUACAUCAGGUUCAUCUAGUUUUUGAUAUUUGGAAAUCUAAAAUAUGGAAGAAUGUCGUUAUAAGUUGUUGAUAAUUAUUAUUUUUACGCAUAAGUUUUAAAUAUAUUAAACUUAUAGUCUUCAAUAUAAUUUCUAUGCCGAGAAAACUGACUAUAAAUUUAUAAUAAGGUAUCAUGGAAGAAGCUUCUAAAUUAAAAAGAUUGACAUACUGCUAUUUAACGGAAAUUAAAUCACUUGUGUAGUGGACUUAGUGGAAAAAAUAAUAAUUCCCUAUUUUGCAUAAUAGGUUUUAUUUUAAUAUAGUACUUAUUUCUUUGUAGUGUCGAUUAAACUUCUAUUGUUACGUGUAGCUACUCGUUGAGUUUCACAGAAUACUCCUUAUUGAUUAUUAUGCCAUAUUAGCGCCGGUUUAAAAUAUAAUCUUUAGAAGAUUUUUGAGGGUAUGGGAAAUGUAAGAUCUAUCUUUCCAUCUUUCCAAGAAAUGAAAAAGUGUUCUUUGUUACAUAAAGAUUAUUUAAAAGUCAGUGAGAGUAUGAUGCAAAAAUUUUAAUAUUUACAUGGAAAACUAACGACCUUAUAGGUCAUUAGUGUUACACGAUUAGAGCACACUAUUUCAUCAAAAAGUCCGAUGGCAAUUUAAUGAUAAUAUAUAGCAAAUAGAUGCUUUCUGCGCAAACAUAAUCCAGUUAGGAGAAAAAAAUUUGAAAUUGAAGAAAGUGAAUAAAGUUUCAAUUUUACUUUAUAGUAAAUUUUGUACUAUUAAAAGUCAUCGUCAUAUGAUAUAAUGUCUCCUACUAUUGACUUACGUAUAUAUGUUGAAAUCAACUAAUUAUAAAAUGAGUUCUACAUUCAUACAUCUCAAUUUAGAUGUAUAUUUUUUCAACGAAACAUGUUUGAAAUCAUAAUCCAUGUAGCUUGUAACAUUUAUUUACUAUACUGCUAAAGUUCUAUUUUUUAUUGGGGUUUCUAUAAUGUGGAGUUCUAUAUAUAUCAACGUGUAUAAACAUUUCGGUUUUGAUAGAAUAAUUUCUAUAAUUUUUAAUAAUUAG